AAUAAAGAAGAAGCCGGGCCCUCAAGGUUGCCCCUCGGGUGUGCGUGUGUGUGUCCGUCUGCGAAUGAAUGCGGUGCGUCGUGGGGAAGGAGGUGGCCCUGCCGUGCAGGGCGCUGCCGCUCUUCCGUGGCGGGCGGCGUGCGGACCCGACAGCCCCGCCGCCAGGGGGCGCCCGCGAGACCCCGGCGGGAGCGCGCGCCACGUGGCCCGGAAACGCGCUGGGCGCCGGCGUGGUCGCGAGGCCCCGCGAGGUGGGCCGGCGACGUGCGCUCGCGGGGCGGGAGGGCGGACCGCCGCGGGAGGAGGGAGCCUCGUGGGUCCCGGAGGAGCGAGGUGGGAGGCGCGGGCGGCGUGGGCGGCGUAGACCGUGUAGACGGUGCGGACGCGGGGCCCAGAGGUGCUGCCCGCGCUGCCCUCCCCGCCAGACGCGGCAUGUUGCCCCGGCCGCCUCCGCUGUGGGACGCGGGCAAAGAGCAGGCGCCCGAGGAACAAGGCCCCUCGGCGGGCAGUGAUCCCGGCGAGGCCUGGAGCUCUGGAGAGGAAGAACUGGGGGAGCCAGGAACCCCCCCACAGGACAGCCCGCAGCCACGGUCCCGAAGGCCUUCCUGGACCCGGAGAGAGCAGGUGCUGCCCCGGGCCCCCCCAGGCCUGGCUGCCGAGCAGUCCCCAGGAACCCCAGUUGCCCUUCCGCCCCAGAUGGCCUGGGAGGUGGCCCCCUCAAGGAUGACCGUCCUAGCACCGUGGGACCCCAGCUACAAGGCUAAAGCAGGACCUCGGCUGGUGUGGGGGCCCAGCUGUGCGUCAGGCGCCUCCUUCUCAGGCCGGACUUUGUGUCAUCCCUCAUUCUGGCCACUGUAUGAGGCAGCGUCAGGCCGGGACCUCAGGCCCCGGGCCCCAGCAACAGGGCAUCAGAACGGAGAGCACGUGCCCAGGGACGCAGGGCUCCCAGUGAUGUGCCGAGAAGAUGUCUUUCUGUCAGACCCGCUGCUGCCCUGUGGCCAGCGUGUCCCGCUGUACCUGUCGGAGGCCUCUCAGCAGGUCAUGGGCUCUCUGAAGCUGCUGCUCCCACCUCCUGUCAUGUCUCCCUGGGUCCUCCGCACCUCGUCCCCGGGCUGCUCCACCGCCUGGCUCAGUGGGCCUGAGCUGAUCGCCCUCACUGGCCUCCUGCAGAUGAGCCAGGGGGCUCCGAGACCUGCCUCCUCGGGGGCUCCCACGCCCCCUGCUGGCUCCCCAGACCCUGUAUCUGACCACCCAGGCCCCACUGGCGGCCCCAGCUGUUCUCGCUGCACUGACCCGUCUGUCCCACGAACUCCAGAAGCCCACUGAAUAUAGCUCUUCUGUGGGCAUUGUGGGUCCCCUCCCCCCCCCCCGCAGGUUCUGUUGACAAUAAAACAGUGUUUUGGUUU